AUUUCAGAAAAUUCCAUUCCUGGGUUGAUUAGUAUAAAAAGCCAAGAGCAAGUGGAGAAACUCUAAUUGGGUUUUCACUCUACUAUUAAAAGGUGUAGUUUUAAACUUUGAGCUCUUCAAAAUCUUUAUUGCCUUCUUUUCUACAAUUUCACUUUCGCAAUUGGCUCUUUUUUCCCAAACACUCUAAAAAAACAACCUCGUACGGAUAAUUAGUUGUGUCAAACAACUCUUCUAUUCUCGAACACAAAUUUGAACGAAACAGCUAUGCAUAGCAUUACAAAGAGGGUUUGUCAUCCAAACAACAAUAUUGAAGAAGAAACCGAGCUGAGAAGAGGGCCAUGGACUCUUGAAGAGGACACUCUGCUCAUACAUUACAUUGCUCGCCACGGUGAAGGCCAUUGGAAUUUAUUGGCUAAACGUGCAGGGCUGAAGAGAACUGGGAAAAGUUGCAGAUUGAGAUGGUUGAACUACUUGAAACCUGACAUUAAGCGUGGUAACCUCACUCCGCAAGAACAGCUUUUGAUCCUUGAACUUCAUUCCAAGUGGGGUAACAGAUGGUCAAAAAUUGCCCAACAUCUACCGGGAAGAACAGACAAUGAGAUAAAGAACUAUUGGAGAACAAGGGUCCAAAAACAGGCACGUCAACUGAAUAUUGAGUCCAACAGCAAGAGAUUUCUAGAGGCAGUUAGGUGUUUUUGGAUGCCAAGAUUGCUACAAAAGAUGGAACAAACUUCUAAUUCUAGUACUUCUACUAAUUCUUCUCCUUCAACUUUGACAACAAUAAUCCCAAGUGCCCAAGACUGUGAAUUAGUUCCUAAUGAUUUUGUACCUCCAAAUUCCACUACCUUUCCUGCUCUAUCAGAUUCAUCGUCAAUUCUGCCAAACAAGCCAAUACCCGGUUCAAAUCAUUCCAAUGGGUGUCUGAAUUAUGCCUUCACAAACCAGAAUAUUCUCUCCACGGAUUCCAUCAUCACCUCGCUCUUCCCGCAAGUUGAAGAACACCCGAAAACGUAUACUUUUUCCAAUGGCAUUGAGAAAACAGAUCCGAUUAGUGGUUUGGAUCAUGAGAGUAAUUCUUCUGUUCAUUAUGUGGACAGCAGUAGCUAUGGAUUUGAAGGUCUAAAUCUGGACUCCAUUUUGGAGUUUGAAGCUUUUGACGUUUCGGGGCUCAAUUGCCAUGUGGCGGAAAGCGAUUGGGCGCUAGGCGACAUGGCGGCAGAUGCUUUAUGGAACAUGGGAGAAAUGUGACCCUUAAAAGAAAAGUUUAAAGCUAUGUAUGACUAAAUAAAUGAGCAUCUAGGGGAGGGUCUUUCUAUUAUAUAUGAGAUGAACACACCAAACAGAUCACGAUGAUGAAAGAUAUAAAUAGUGAUCCUUUAUAGGCUACUAUUAGUAUACUAUAUAAAUAUGCCACGUAAGCACAUUUUGGUUUUCCCUAGAAGAAUAUGGUAUCUAGUGAGUGAUUUUGUAUUUGAGUACAUGAGGUUGGCAGUUGCUGUACAUAUAUGAUAUAUGUUUGGAGAAAA